AUGUAUGGUGGUGGUGGAAGUGUGGAACUGUGGAAGCUUACUGAAAUUAUAGAGAGCAAUCAAAAUAUAAGUGGAAGUGGAACUGGACCUCUUCCAUCUUCAACAGUGGAUGAACAAGGAGUACAAACCCCAGGCAUUGAGACAAGUGCUCAACAGCCUAUGGCCACUCCUAAAGUUCCUGCUGUUAAGAAGAAGAAGGAAUUAGAGUCUAGAUACAUAGUGUGGGAGCACUUUGAACAGAUCAAAGAUCCUGAAACUAAAAAAGUGCUUAAAGGCAAAUGCCUUUACUGUGCAAAAGAGUAUUUUUGUGAAACUAAAAAACAUGGCACAUCAUCAUUAAGAAAUCAUAUGGCCAGUUGUCUUAAAAAUCCACGUUCAAAGGAUACAAGGCAGUCUCUACUCACAUUCAACACUCUGUCCACUUCUGAGGGUGGAACAGAGGCUCCUGGGGGUGUUUUGGGGACAUGGGUAUUUAAUCAAGAUGCCAUUAGGAGGGCCCUUUAUGAGAUGAUAAUCAUAGAUGAGCUCCCUUUUAGGUUUAUAGAGGGCCAGGGGUUCAAGAGGUUUAUUCUGGUUGCUUGUCCUAGGUUUCUUAUCCCUUCUAGGUGGACCAUUUCUAGGGACAUCUACCAAAUUUUUCUUGAUGAGAGGCUAAACCUUAAGAAGUUGUUUAGAGUGGGAACUCAAAGGGUUAAUCUAACAACUGAUACAUGGACUUCUGUCCAGAGAAUCAAUUAUAUGUGCAUUACUGCACAUUUUUUAGAUGACCAGUGGAAGCUUCAUAAAAAAAUUAUAUCCUUUGUCCCAGUUUCUUCUCAUAAGGGGGAGUGCAUUGCAAAAGCCCUAGAGAGUUGUUUAUUAGAGUGGGGAAUUAAGAAUGUGUUUACUGUAACAGUGGAUAAUGCUUCCUCUAAUGACACAGUUAUGGGGUUUUUUAAGAGUAAACUGUUGUCUUGGGGUUCUUCUUCUGUUAAGGUUCAGUACAUGCACAUGAGGUGCAUAGCCCAUAUCCUCAAUUUAGUGGUCCAAGAUGGGUUGAAGUUUGCAGAUGAGUCAGUCAAGAGGGUGAGGGAUGCAGUGAGAUGGGUUAGGAACUCACCAGCUAGGCUGACAAAGUUCAGGGAGUUUGCUGAACUGUUUGGUGUGGAAGCUAAAUCAGCUUUGCAUCUUGAUGUCCCUACAAGGUGGAACAGCACCUACAUUAUGCUCAACACUGCAGUUCAAUAUCAAGUAGUGUUUGAUGCAUAUGAGAGAAAUGACCCAUCUUAUUCUGCUGACUUGGGGAGUGCUCCUACCUUCUUGGAUUGGUGUUCUGUGGAAAGCUUAGUGAAGCUGUUGAAAGCAUUUUAUGAUAUGACAGUGAGGAUCUCUGGUUCACUUUAUGUCACAUCCAACACAUUCUUCUCUGAGAUCUCUGAUCUCAGUUGA